GAAGAGGCCUAGGCGGAAGGGAUGCUCAGGACCGCAGGACCGCUUUCGCCCUAGACUCGUAAGGUUGGAAGGGACCCUGAGGGCCAUCUAGUCCGACCCCACUGCAACGCUUAACGUUGGGCUUGGACCCACAGCCGUGAGAAACAAAAAUAAUCUCAUGUGCUGCUACCGGCUGAGUGAUCCCCGGCCUCCCCUUUAAGAGGGGAGACAAGGAGCGGCGAAGAAGAGCGAAGCAGCCGGCGAUGGCGUUGCAGGCGGCGCACCUGGAGGCCGACGCCUUCCUCGUCUGCAUGGUCCACGCGCUGAGCACUGAGCAAGAGGAGGUCAUGGGCCUCUGCAUUGGCGAGGUUGGUGCUAGCCGAAUAGUUCAUAUUCACUCCGUGAUCAUUCUGCACCGGUCAGAUAAGAGAAAAGAUCGUGUGGAGAUUUCCCCAGAGCAGCUCUCAGCUGCUUCAACAGAAGCAGAGAGAUUGGCUAAGUUAACAGGACAGCCUACAAGAGUUGUUGGCUGGUAUCAUUCUCAUCCCCACAUAACAGUUUGGCCAUCACACGUAGACCUCUGCACACAAGCGAUGUAUCAGAUGAUGGACCAAGACUUUGUGGGGCUUAUCUUCUCCUGUUUCAAUGAUGACAAAAACACAAAGACUGGCCGGAUUCUGUUCACCUGUUUCCAGUCCAUUCAAGCCCAAAAGAGCUCCGAGUAUGAAAGGAUUGAAAUUCCUGUGCAUAUAAUUCCUCACACCACCAUGGGGAAAGCGUGUCUUGAGUCAAUGAUGGAACUCCCCAGGAUCUUGUGUCAAGAGGAGCAAGAUGCUUACAGGAAAAUCCACAGCCUUACCCAUCUGGAUCCCAUAACCAAGAUCCAUAAUGGUGCAGUGUUCACUAAGAAGCUCUGCAGCCAGAUGUCUGUCAUCAGUGGUCCUCUUAUGCAGUGGCUGGAGGAUCGCUUGAAGAAAAACAAAGAGAGGGUGCAGGAACUGCAGCAGGAGAAAGAGAAACUUCUGGAGGAACUCGCUGCCUUGGAGGGAGAAGAACAGAACCUCAUGGCCUAAGAAACAGCCAAAUGUUCCCAAGUUUGGCUUCAUCCUACCUUGCUUCUUCUCCAGCCCUCCCAUCUUGUUGGGUACAUUCUGUGCGUGAUGCAGCACAGAAGCUUCAGUCAAGCGGUUAAGCUCACCACAUAAAACAUUUGUUCAGCAGAAACAUUUGUUGUUUACUGUGGACACACAAACAUGCACUCCAUAUACAUAUGCUCUGCAUUCAGACAUCUGAAGGCAGCCCUGUACAGGGAGGUUUUUAACGUUUGAGGUUGGAAGCCACCCAGGGCGGCAUAUAAAUAAUAAAAUUAUUGUUAUUUCCCCACAGUGAACACAGGCAAAUAAUAGUUUAUACCAGUAACGAUUCAAAAUUCUGUUUCAGUAUCCAUUAUUUUUGUCAUUGGUUACAUAUAUCAUAAUUAAAUAGAGAAGUAACAAGGAGUGAAGGAGGAGGGAUAACCUAUGUGCACCAGACUGUAUUGUAUACUGUAUGUACUGUCCUACUAUAUGCUUCAUUGUUUGUGAAAUUAAUAAAGUUGUACUAAACCACAUAAAAGUUA